UAGUGGUAUUAACUCGUCACCUUUAAUGAAUGACGCCUAGAGCUGGAAGCCUGAAUGCAAGAUGUAAUUUCAUGUUUUUGAAGGCAUAUCGUUGGGACUUCAGUAAUCAAGAUGCCUCAGAAUAAGACCAAGAAGGCUGCUGAGAAGGCUAACGAAAAGGCUCCCAUUAAGGCUGUCAAGAAGGCUUCUGUUACGGCUGUCGCAAAGACUUCUGAAAAGGCUGCCAAGAAGGCUCACGAGAAGGCGCCCAAGAAGGUUCCUCAGGAGACCUCUGAGAAGCCCGCCGAGAAGGUUGUCAAAAAGCGAGUCAAGUCUGAGGACCCCAAGAGUGGAGUCCAUGUCUUCUUAGGAGCCAAGGACUUUCCAAGAUGGUGUGUCAUGAAGGAGAAGUCUGGAUGCAAGACCAAUGUACAGCUAAUGAGGUGGCUGCUUGGUAUAGCAGAGAAAUACUUUGGAAUUUACUCCAAGGAAGCUGUCAAGACUGACCACAAGAGUGACCCCAAGAGUGACCCAUGUUUAGCAGGCGAGAGCAAUGCGGUCGAAGGAGACCCAGUUCCUGAGAAAACUCCAGUGAGUGUCAUCACAGAUGAAGAACCUCCUAGUACCAAUCAAAGAACAAAGAGAAAAGCAACUAAAAAGCCCUUAUCGGAUGCAAAGUCUGAUGGAAACCCAGUUCCUGAGAAAUCUGUGAGUGAUGUCAAGGAUGACCAAGAACCUCCUAAAAUUGAUCAUGGUGGACCAACAGAAGCCCCAAAGACAAAGAGAAAAGCAACUCGAAAAACAUUGUCAGAUGCAAAGUCUAAUGAAGACCUACAUGUAGGUCCUGAGAAAGCUCCUGUGAGUGAUGGCCAAGAUGGUCAAAAACCUUCUAGUGCUGAUCAGGGAAAAGCAACAAAGGCACCAAGGACAAAGAGGAAAGCAGUCCAAAAAAAAUACCAAGAUGGAAAGUCUGAUGGCAACCCAGUUCCUGAGAAAUCUGUGAGUGACAUCAAAGAUGACCAGGAGCCUCCUAAAACUGAUCAGGGUGGAUCAACAGAAGCCCCAAAGACAAAGAGGAAAGCAACUCGGAAAACAAUUUCAGAUGCAAAGUCUAAUGGAGACCCAAAUCCUGAGAAAGCUCCAACGAGCGAUGGCCAAGAUGAUCAAAAAACUUCUAGUGCUGAUCAGGGAAAAGCAACAAAGGCACCAAGGUCAAAGAGGAAAGUAGUCCAAAAACCCAUCUCAGAUGGAAAGUCUGAUGGAAACCCAGUUCCUGAGAAAGCUCCUGUGAGCAAUGUCAAAGAUGACCAAGAACCUUCUAAAACUGAUCAUGAUGGACCAACGGAAGCCCCAAAGACAAAGAGGAAAGCGAUUCAUAAGACUGCAAAGUCUGAUGAUACAUCAAGGAAAAAAGAAACUGAAGAAACACCAAGUAGUGAUUGUGAUAAUUCUUCUCCAGCCAAAGAUAGUAAAGCUGAAAGCCUAGUCCCGUCAAAGAGUCAAUCAAAAAGGCUUACCAAGCAAAGGCAACCUGUACAGAAAGCUCUUGGGAAACCAAUCAACAAUAGAAACGCUAAAGGCCCUCAGAAAAGAAAGAUAAAAGAAAGCCUGCCAACUCUAAAGAAGAAAAAGACCAGUGAAAAGGUUGAAGAAGAGACAAAUGAAAAGAUGGAAGAAGAGACAAAUAAAAAGGUGGAAGAAAAGACACAUGAAAAGGUGGAAGAAGAGACAAAUGAAAAGGUGGAAGCAGAGACAAAUGAGGAUGAAGAAGCUGAUUCAGACUUGUCUCUUGAUUCCAAGUUAAGCAGGUGUUCUGUGAGGUUGUCUUCAAUAGACGAGGAAGAGCUAACCAAGAUUGGAAAACCGAAAGAAAACAAAGCCUCACCCUCAAGAGCAGAACAGAGAAAGAUUUCAAAGUCGAAGCAAAACAAGUCACCAAGAGAGAUGAGGGCGUUUGCUCGAGCUAAGGCUACAGCUAAGGCAGCUCAAAUUCAUCGAUGCUCAGCAUGCUCAAAGACAUUCUCCAACAAGGCAAACCUUAAGAGGCACAGUGAAUUGCAUUCUUCAAUCCGCUUUACCUGUCAGGAAUGUGGGAGGUCAUGCAAGUCCAGGGCUCAGCUCUGGGCCCAUAAUCGGAGAGUUCAUGUCCAGAAGUAUGAGUGCCAACAUUGCCAGAAGAAGUUUGGACUGGCAAGUCUGCUUGCAAAACAUGAAAGGUGCCAUACUAAGGAGAAACCAUUUGAGUGCAAGGAGUGCCAGAAGUCCUUUGCCAGCCUUCAGAUGCUGAAUGAUCAUGCGGAAUGUCACAAUGUUGAGGAACCCUACCUGUGUCAUUUAUGUGGUAUGGCCUUCAAGAGGCGUGAUGUCUUGAAUCAUCAUGUCCGAAAGACGCAUGAGUCAAGUGAGAUCUAUAAGUGUGAGCUGUGUAACAAGAGCUAUAAACUUAGGGAGUCCCUCACAAACCACAUGGAGUUUCACAAGAAUACUGCAGAAGGAACUUCGCCUUACACAUGCCCUAUUUGUAAUAAGUUGUUCAAGACAAGCAAAGGCUUAAAGGGACAUGUCGGCCGUCAUAAUAAAAAUGAGUCAUUCCAGUGUGAUGUUUGUAAAAAAGAGUUCAGUUGCAAGAAUCAUCUUCUAAGACACCAGAUAGUUCACAGUGAAACUAAGCCCUACCAUUGUCCAGAGUGUAAUCGUGGUUUCACACAGAGCUCUAACAUGGAGACGCACAGACGCAUCCACUCAGGAGAUAAGCCUUUUACAUGUGAUUUGUGUGGAGAGACUUUCAGACAGAAUGUCACGCUGAAGACUCACAAGCAAAAGGCUCAUGAAAUCAACGUCUGGGAUGAGAAACCAACACCUUCCCAUGUUGGUAGGCCAACUGCAACAAAGACUGCAGAAAGCAAGAGCAAGAAACCAAGGGGCAAGAAGGGUGCUGGCAAAAAGUCACAAAUAGUUCUUCCAGAACCUCUGACAGUACAACAAGUGUUCCCACAGGAGCCACAAAAUCAGCAGUCUUCAGAGAAUAAAUGUUCAGCAUCACAAGAGAUAUCUCAUCUUAACGAACAAAGUGAAAGGAUGCAAACUGAAGAGAAACAAGCGAAAAAUCCUGAGAACACAAAUGUUCAACAUCAAGUUAAUGAAAGUGGAGACCAAUCACUAGAAUAUCAACAAGGUGAGAGCCAGGCACAGCCCAGUAAUCAAGAAUCACAGCCACAAGUAGAAGAGCAACCCCAGGAACAACCUCCUGCUGAUCCUCUGACAUCACAUCAUCAACAAGAUGCAGAGCAAAAACAACAACAUCAUGUAAACCAACAGCAACCUCAAACAGAACCACAUCAGCAACAUCAGUCAGGCCAGCAGCAACAACAAACAGACCAACAGCCUCAAGAACAACCACAUCAAGAGAGACCACAUCAAGAAAGUCAGAAUCACUAUAUUCAGCUGCAACGGCCAAAUCCUGUGCACCAACCACCUCAAGCUCAACAACCAGCAGAUCAGUAUCAGCAGGCAAAAGAGCAACAACUCAAAGAUGACACCAGAACUAAUCAGGAUAAUCAACAAGCACACCAACAACAGCAACAGCAACAGUCAUAUCAACAAGGAAACUUUGGUAAGGUCAUCCAGCAGUAUCAUCCUCCAGCGCUGCAACACCAGCAACCUCAACCAUUGCAAUAUCAACAACCGCAACUGCCACAACAUCAUCAAUACCAACAGAAGGACUUUGUUGCUGUACAAGAAAGAAACAACGGGCCAUUCUCAAAUGAAAUGAGAUCAUACCAACGUGAAAGCAUAACCACUUCAAACUAUUACUCACACUAUAUGCAGUCUAGCAAAAUAUCCUCAGGGUGGGCGCCGUCACUUCCUGCUCCGCCUUCCCAGCCUGUCAAUCCUCCUCCACCCUUAAACAGAAACAAUGAUCCUACUACAUCUCAUCAUAUGCCAAUGCCUCUCAUGCAGAACAACUCACCGACAUCACACCGAUCAACUCCAGGCUCUAACACCCAUCACCAUCUUCAGGCUCUCCUAGAUAUGGAAUCUAAUAUUGGUAACGGUGCACCUAGCAGGCAACCUCCUGUUUCAUCGGUGGGUGGUACAAUUCAAAGUCCCCCUCCCACACCCAUUCAACAUUCCCGGUCUAGCCCCUCCCCUUCACCUCACGAAUCAUCAAGACCUUCCUCUAAAGGCCCUCAGUUUCAGACCUUGUUCCAUUCGCCCCAGGCCAGUCCACUUUCAUCAACCUUUCCAUCAAAUCAUUUGAAUUUACGUCCUCCUCUAAACAAUACCAUACCUUCCAAUUACCCCAUCCCAUGCCCCUCUCCCAGACCUCUUAGCCCUUUUUACGCACCAACAGGUGCUCCUUAUCAAGGAGCAACGCGUGAAAUGAUUAGUUCUCAAACUCAAGAACAAGACCAUGCUCAUUCAGCAUCUCCCUUGAGGCAAUGGUAUAUGGGACCACCAGAUACCGGUAAUCAGCAAGCUGCUCUAGCCCUCGCCAGUAUGCACUACCCAAGUCCAAUGGGAGCACAGCCCCAGCCUAGGAUUCCAUAUAUGGGGUACUCUAAUGCCCCCAUGCCAUUCUCUUUAUCUGGUAACCCUACCCCUCCAACUCAGCAGAGGUGGGGUCAUUAACAUUGUUAGAUACAAGUUUCAGGCAACUCAAUAUUUGAUGUGUGAAUUUUAGUCUCCAGAGCAAAACAUGGAGAGGGGCGUUGUGACUGAUAUAUCGUGGUUGAUUUGGAUACCACUUUGGAGUUCUAGGAGAUCUUGUAAUCUUUAUGCACAACAUUGCAAUUUGCAAGUGGAUUAUUUGUGAUGUUGGUACUGUAAAAUGACACAAACAUGGAUAGUACCUACAUUGUACGAUUGUAUCUACAGACACACUGUGUAGAAACAUGUAUAUUGUGAUAUUGUUAUAAAUGAACAUACAAAACUGUUCUGCUUCAAAUUACAUGGGCCUAUAGUAUAGAGUACCGAAGUGUGACUUCAUAUUAGCCAGGUUGUCAACGUUACCGGUUCCAAACAAUUUUGUGCUAAACAGUGGCGUAGAAAUCACACCAGUGCCAAAUAUAGACUUUGCCCUUCUCCUUCCCAUAGCUUGAGUGAUGUUGCAGUGAACCUCAUGCGCAAGCUCUGUUGUUUGGAACCAGUAACCGAGACGACGAGUACAUACGACGUCAGCACUUCGGUACUUUAUAAUUAUGUGCUAAUACAGUAUCUUCACAUCUGUUGUAAAGUAAAUACAGAGAACCCUGCCACUCCGUAUAUUGUGGAAGAACAAAUAACGGCUCAAAAAUAAGAAAAAAAUGAAUAUAGCAUUCUUUCAAGUACUAGCACUUUAUUAUCUGCCGCACUUGACAGUCAUUUUGUAGUUCAUUUAGCAAUAGAAUAUCACUUUCAUCAGGAUUUCUUUCUUUCAGCUUUUAUGCCUGUAAAUAUUAAGUAUUGAAUGUUAGUUUCAUUACAAUGUUAUUGUGUGAAUAACUUUGAUUUAUUUUUAGGUAUUUGCAGUAAUAAGUAUUUCGAAAGAUUUAUAUUUGUUACCUUUUGCAUAAUCUGUUUUAUGAAAAUGCAUCGACCAGUCUAUCGCAUGGUUGUCAUUUUAUUUCUCUGUGUUUUGUAGAAAAUUUACCAACUUCUGUUGCAAUUUUAUGUCGAUUUGCCAAAACAGACUUCCAAAAAAAUCAAGGAUCUUCGCCACCCUGAUCUUUGCUGCAAUUAUCUACAAAAAGUACAUUUUUUUUAAGGAGAAAUGUGUAUUUCUGUAUAUUUUUCUCAUUUGCUGCCCAAAACAAUAACACCUGCUUUCACAUCAUAUUAUUGGUUGUUUUUUUUAAGACUAAAAUGUAUCCGUAACUGGACAGGGGUAGAAAUCUUCACUUAUUUUGUCAUAAAUAUAAAGAAAUUUUCAAUCAUAUCCUACUUCUGUUAAAAAUAUGCAUAUACCGUUAGGUUUGCCACAUACACAUAGCAAAAAAAGAGAAGCAUGUGUAUUUUAUUUCAUAAAUUUUAUACUGUGUAGGCUAGUUUACACAGUUUCAUCAUACCUUGAUUUUUUUUUAAACAAUCAUUUGUCUAUGAUAUCCUGACAGUUUGGUGUUCAACUUUCAGUUUUAGUAUCUCAGAGUGCUGGACAAUAUUACAGGUGUAAUAAACACCUGUAAAUAUAAAAAGCUAUAAUUUUGAAUUGAUUUGAUGAAAUGUUUUAUAAAAGUUUUUUUUUUGUAUCGAACAAAAAAGGUUACCGUACGUGAAGGGGAAAAUAAAGUAAAAGGAAAUACCUCUUGAGGAAUUACAUGUAAAGGUACUCAUGUAGAUGUAGAAAUGUGAUCCAAAGUUUUGGUGUAUGUAAAUAAAGUGUAAUUAGACCAUUUAUAAAUGUUUGGACAUUGAAUGAAAUUAUAUGUAAAUGAUUACAUAUGCUAUUGAAUGUAUAAGUUUUUGUGCAUCUACCACUGGCUUUGAAAGGGGAUAUCAGAAUAUACUACCAGCACUAGAAUAAUCUUGUCUGCAAGUUGCAAAUGAUGGUAUUGUGGCUUUGUUGAUGGUUAUAUUUUUUUAACCCCAUUGAAGGAGAAUUAGCCAAUCAUUAUUUAAUACAUGUAUAAAACAAGAAACUUUCAAGUUUAUGAGCAACUCUGAUUGGUGUAAUGGUUAUGCCACAAAAUAAUUUAAUUUCGACUGACACGACACAAGAUUUCGCAAGUUUUUAUAGUUUCUUGCCAUGACAACUGUAUUUUUACAAAUCAUGAAUGUUUCAUGCCAAAAAAGUGUGUAAUUUUAUGGUACAUGUAUAUCAGGCAAAUAGCUCUUUGUUCAGAAAUUCCAAACAACUUUGGAAGCAUUUUAGCUUCUCUGAUGUCUGGUUAUGGCUGCUAUAUUAUCAUGCAUUUUAAGCUGUAUGUGUAGAUUUAUGAUUGCGUUUAUUCACUGUCUAACUCUUUAACAUCCAAAUGCCUACUUGUUUUGUACUAAUGCUUUGUACACACUUUGUAGUACUGCAUGGAUCAAGCGAGAAAUUAUGCGAUAUACAUGUAAAUAUUAGCCAGUAUUGUAGCCAACUGGCUGUAUUGAAAAAAUGACAGAUACUGCAUUAUGCCAGGUGACAAUCAAAGAUAAUAAGUUAGGCAAACAAAAUGCUCAGAUGGAUUUUUCUUUCCAUUGUCCGUCAGAGGCAGUUGAAUUCAUGAUAUUGCUCUUUUAAGAAAAUAUUUGUGUAAAUACUUGAAUCCUGGGG